GACAAGGGCACCCUUGAAACCUAUGCAGUUUACGGGACGCGGCCUACAACACGGAGCGGAAGCCAGCGUGCGAGUGCUCCAGUGCAGUACUGCUGUAGGGCAGGACUGCCGUCCAUCGCGUGCUACCGAGUCUCCAGGGGAGACUCGCCACGGCGUUGUUCCCACAAUGCAGACGGCGCUGCACCGCGCCACCGCAUCCUUCCCUGGGGGUGUCACGCCUAGCGACUGCCGUACACAGCGGCUCUCGCAUGUUUGCUGCUUACCACGACCCCAUGCCUCGGGAGCUGGCGCCUGCCCCGCUGUGAGCCCCUCCAGCGGCUCCUCCAGCACCACCACCCGCGGCGGCUGCUACCGGCAUGGCGCCUGUACGGGCGCCCAGCGCGCGCGGUACGGCACCAGCAGCAGCAGCCGCCGCACCGCAGUUCGGGUGCAGGCCAACUGGGGGGCGCAGGUGGAGUUCAAGGCGGGCAGGGUCGUGUCCAACUCCCCGGUGGCUGCGGGUCCGCUGCACCGGGUGCUGCUGGACGUGGGGCCGCUGGCGGGCGGGUACUCGGUGCCGGGGCAGUUCGUGCAGGUCAAGGUGGGCGACAGCAAGCCGGGCUUCUUCGCCAUUGCCUCGGCCCCGGGGGCGCACCCGGGGGGGCUGCUGGAGCUGCUGGUCAAGGGGGUGCCGGGCAGCACUGCUGAGCUGCUCUGCUCCUGCCCCCCCGACUCCGAGGUGGCAGUGAGUCCGGUGAUGGGCCGCGGCUUCCCCCUGGAUCGGCUGCCCGCCUCCUCCACCCCCUCCGUGCUGCUGUUUGCCACGGGGUCGGGCAUCAGCCCCAUCCGGGCGGUGCUGGACAGCGGGGCGCUGGCGGGCAGGGAGGUGACGCUGUACUACGGAACGCGCAACGAAGAGUCCACCCCCUACCGCGAGCUGCUCCCCGAGUGGCGCUCUCGCGGCGUGCAGGUGGUGCAGGUGUUCAGCGAGGGUGACCGGGGCUACGUGCACGACGUAUUCGAGCGGGAGGGGCUGGCGGCGUUGCCGGGGGAGGCGCCGGGGCGGGUGGGGGCGCUGCUGUGCGGCCACAAGGCCAUGUGUCAGGCGGUCACCUCGCUGCUCACCAACAAGGGGGUGCCGCCGGAGAAAAUCCUGCUCAACUUUUGAGAAGGGUCAAAGGCCAUCAUACCGAAUGUAAAUGAGCCGCGAUGGAUAAUGACUGUGAGGGGUGGGGGUUAAGGGUUGCAAGGGCGGGGCAGGUGUGCAUGUUUACGAGAGUGGUGUAGCAGGCAAAUCGAGAUUUGAGAGUGCGAGAAUGAGCGGAUAGACAAGCUGUUCAUGGCUUGAUGGGACGAGGGUGCGCUUCCUAAUGCACGCGGCUCUUCUACAGGUGAAUAAAGACUUGGUGUUUCGGCACGCAUCGCAUGAUAUCAUGUAACACCCGUUUCGCUUGGCCUGACCAACCUUACCGUGCGUACGUGCAUGUUAUGGAGCGCACCAAGACGGUAUCGUUGUAAGAAGGAAGGC